CCACAGCCGCCACCACAGCUGCCCCCACCCGGGUCCGCCUGGCUCUGCGUCCACCAGGGACUAGGAGCGGCCCCGGGCGGCGACGCGACGGUCCCCGCCAUGACUGCAGCCAUGAGGCAGAGGUUCGACCGGUUCCUGCACGAGAAGAACUGCAUGACUGACCUCUUGGCCAAGCUCGAGGCCAAAACCGGCGUGAACCGGAGCUUCAUCGCGCUCGGCGUCAUCGGACUGGUGGCCUUGUACCUGGUGUUUGGUUAUGGAGCCUCCCUCCUCUGCAACCUGAUAGGAUUUGGCUACCCAGCCUACAUCUCAAUUAAAGCCAUAGAGAGUCCCAACAAAGAAGAUGAUACCCAGUGGCUGACCUACUGGGUAGUGUACGGCGUGUUCAGCAUUGCUGAAUUCUUCUCUGAUCUCUUCCUGUCCUGGUUCCCUUUCUACUACAUGCUCAAGUGUGGCUUCCUGCUGUGGUGCAUGGCCCCGAGCCCUUCCAAUGGCGCAGAACUGCUCUAUAAGCGUAUCAUCCGGCCUUUCUUCCUGAAGCAUGAGUCCCAGCUGGACAGUGUGGUUAAGGACCUGAAAGACAAAGCCAAAGAGACUGCAGAUGCCAUCACUAAAGAAGCCAAGAAAGCUACCGUGAAUCUACUGGGUGAAGAAAAGAAGAGCACCUAAGCACAGACUGGAGGAAUCCUUUCUGCCCUUUCUGUAUCUUCCCAUUAGAGCUUAAUGUUGUAUUAGAGACUGUGGUAUCAUCAUUUGAAUAACGUUGCCUCAGAAACAUUUUUGAUGUAUUAAAAAAUGGAAUGUGUUGUAAGUUUGUUUGCUUACUUUUACUGCCUAUAUACAUAAAAGCAUUUUAGAUUUAAUGCAGUGGGCAGUGUCCAAAUUUCUGGAAAAUAUAUUUUGCCUCUGGGUAGGAAAAGAUGUUACCAUCCUGCAGGAAAUAUAAACUUAAAAUAAAAUUACACAUCCCA